AUGCAGGAUUCCUACCAAGAGUACCAUGGUUGCUGGGAACUCCGUGACGACGGCCUCAUUUGGGCUGCCUCGAACGAUGCCGAAAGCAACACCGACGAGGAGGGCGCUUUGGCCAAUGGCCACGACGGGGCCGACCCAUCUUCCUUGGCCGACCUUCCCGAGUUUGUACAGGAAGUGAAGGCGCAUGAGCUUUCCCCGGCUGUGUACUCAGAGCAGUGGAAGCGCAAGAAGACGUCGGCAGCCAAACCGCUGGCAAAGGCCCCGCAGCUCAGCAUCGAUGAUGUGGACAUGGACCUCGCAGGGCCCGACGCUGAGCCCCCCAUGGAGAUGGAGGGUGAUCAUGCUGGACCUGCCCCGAAGCGCAAGCCCAAGAAAAAGGCCGGGAAGAAGAACCCAAGGCAUGCAGGACUUGCCCCGAAGCGAAAGCCCAAGAAGAAGGCCAACAAGAAGAACGGGGAUGAGUCACAGGGUGAUGCUGGACCUGCCCCGAAGCGAAAGGCCACCAAGAAGAACGGGGAUGAGUCACGUCGGGCUGCCCCGAAGCGCAAGCCUGAUGCCAAGCAGAAGAAGGCUGCCAACCAUGGGGCAGACGCAGCUAGCGAUGGUUCUGCAGAGCAAGCCCUUGCAGAGCAGGCCCCGAUGGCAGAGCUGGCCCUGAUUGCAGAGCUGGCCCCGAUGGCAGAGCUGGCCCCGAUUGCAGAGCUGGCCCCGAUUGCAGAGCUGGCCCCGGUGGCAGAGCUGGCCCCGAUGGCAGAGCUGGCCCCGAUUGCAGAGCUGGCCCCGGCCUUUGCAGACCCGGGCCCAGAAGUUGCAGAGAUGGCCCGAGAGCUUCCCCUCGCCGAACGGGAGCCACAUCGUGAGGCCUUGUCGCACGAGGUGAUCGCUCAAAUGGGCCACAUGACCAUGGAGGACAUGAUGGCAGAUAACCGCAUCGUGUUGGUGGAAGCGCCCUCCUGGGUCAAGGGCAAUCAUGCUUACAGCAAUGGAUAUCGUAGGGCCCAAAAGCGCAUGCAUGGAAAGGAGGAAGCUCGAUUGUGGGGCCGGACUUCCGCGCGUGUUUGGCGCUUGUCGGGCCCGGCCAAUCGGCUUUACUGCCCUGCAAUUUGCGAAGAUUUCACCCGCCCUCGCCCCCGCGCUAAGCCAAAGGCAGCGCCUGCAGUGUCUGACCAUGAGGGUGAUCAGGAGAGUGCGGAGUCCUAA